GAAUAUUUCAUUCCGAGUCGAGCAGUCGAACGUAAAAUAUAUAAUAAUAAUAAUAAUUCGAGUCGGGAAAAAAACGAUAGAAAUUUUGUUUUAAAUGACGCAAAAAAAGAAUACGAAAUUCGUCGAAAGAAUCCUAAUAAAAGUGGAGGCGGUUCACCAUUGUUUUAACCAUUGUAAUGUAGUACGCGGAUUCGUUAUGAAAAGAAACUCCAAUUUUAAGCAACUGAAAGCUGUAACUGCAAAAGAAAUUGGCAUCCGAGGCUAUUAUUUACGAUAUCUAUACAACGGACGAUUCUUCAACGAAACGGAGACACCACAGUCCAUGGGUAUGGAGGAUGGCGACACCAUCAACAUAUUUUUCAUAAUGGGAGGUCCACCGAAAGAAGCCAUGGCCGUGGAACAACUUUUUGAAAAUUUCCUGCUGCGCCAGAAUGUGCCUGGAGCACAAUGGCAGAUUCAAUAAAUUCUUUCAAAAGUCUACUCUCUACACGAAAACCUGACACUGAAAACCGGAAACACACCAAAUUGGAUAAAUAUACUACUUAUCCAAACUCCAAAGGGUAUGCUAAAAUCAGACGAAUCAGACAUUUUCUCAUAAAUUAGAAAAAAAAAAUACGACACGACACACCGAAUUCCGGAGCAGAAUGGAAAUCGGGAGAAAAUGGCGAGGAAUUUGGCAUCAGCAAAUAUUUGCAGCACGUUUUUCGUUUACAUAUCAACUUGACACCUUUUGCAUUACGAUUAAGAUGUACAGCUCGGUCCGGCAAGCAGAGAACAACGUUAUCAACACCUUUGUGGGUGCCACACACACACACACACGCACACACGCACAGUCGUCAUCCCUCUCUGUGCCAUCCCGUUGCGUCUCAUUCACGUACAAGUUCAAGUCAAGAGCGAGAUUUAUGUGUUUUGCUUGGGUGCCAUUCUGUUGCUA